UGAGGUUUAUGAGUGAUCAGCGCUCCGAUCUAUAGCUCGGAAUCCAUGAUGGACGGCAUGUGUCGGUGAAAGCGAGAUGUUAAACGAAGAUUUAGUUACAGCAAUAAAUUUAAACUCAUAAUGCCGAAGAGAAUGUAUCCAUUCGAAUAUGACCUCUUACCCCAAAAUAAAGUACAUAUUAGCGAGAAAGAAAUGUGUGAUGAAGAAUCAGUGAAGUCAGUUUAUGAUAAAACUCUGAAUAUGCUGUUUGUGGGAGCAAGGAAAGUACUGAAUGUGACUGAAUCAGGAGUUGCAGCAAGUCUUCAUUUGGAUUCUCCAGUUGUGAAACAUAAAGAGAAUUUCUGUUCUCCAGAUUUGAAACAUAAUUACAAACAGAUGUUUCUGGAUAGUCAGUGCCAAUUGCAAUCAUGGGGCACUGUUAAGCCAGAACCAAGACUUCAUUGUGAGAACUGCAAACUGCCAUGCUCAGAUAUUCAGUCCCGGUGUACAUUCUGUGAGAAGUUCCUUUGUGCACAUUGCAUUGUAACAUGUGCUAAGUGCACUGAAGAGUUCUGCAAUGCAUGCUCACUUGCCAUGUACAGUAAUCUUGAAGAUGAGAACAUGUGUUUGGACUGCUGCAGGUAGCUGCAUGUCAACGUUUUGAGCCCUUUUAUUGGUUGCUGCAUCAGCGUGAUGAAAAUAAGAUGUUGGACUAAAGUAAUUGUGUGACAUUGCAUGACCUUUUGUUCAUUGUAAAUGUAUUUGUAUUGAAUUGAUAUGCAUUUUGCAUUUACAAACUUCAGUCAUGUUCCGAAACUAACUUUUGAGCGAUAUGAAAAUAAAAGACAGCGCACAACUUAACCAGAAUGAAGACCAAUGGGAAAAAAUGGUUUGAAAGUGUUGAAUGUGCCUGAGUGUUUAGAUAUUUACAGUCUUUAGUAGGCUUGUAUACUUUUUCAGUAUUUUGUUACCGAGUCUUUGUACCAAAAGAGAGAGAAAAGAUUUUGAUGUUUAAGCUUCCGGAUACUUUUAUUUUCUCUGGAAAUUUUAAAUCUACUGCAGCUAGUUGAGAAAGUCUUCAGUUAAUGGCAAUUUUCAGCUAUUGAAGUGCUCUGUUCCUGAUAUGUGGAACAAUACUGAGGCCACAGAAAGAAGUCCUGUGGAAUGCGGGCAUGACAGCACUGGAUGUUUCCCCUUUCUGCCUCCUGUCUUGUUCUGUUUGAAGACCCUGUGCCCUUUAUCAGCUUACACAAGCCACUUGUCACAGCUUGAAGGUUAUCUCAUGGUUAUUAUACUAAACCUGCUGUGACCAGAAUGGCUAGAUGACUAGAUGGGCGUAUAGGGAAGUAUGCCUUGGCCUUGGUAUUGCAUUUAUUAUUGGUCCUUUCGAAUUAUGUAUUUUGUACCAUAACAUGUUAAAUUCUGCAUUCUAGUUUUGAAAUUAAAUGUUAUUUACACAGAA